AAAAAAGAGAGAGAAGCUCACACCGAAGAAACACCCAUCCUGACUUCAUAUGAAAACCGAAUUAGCCCACAAAAGGAUGACAAAACCAGUACAAAACUCAUAACCAAAAAUCCCGCAGUGCCAAAGCUAGCUGGGCCAAAAGGAAAAGCUUCCAAAUGAAAGACGUUUCUCAGUAGCGGCAAAAGGUGAGCUACAUAGAUUAUACAGAUGAUCAUCCCCCAAGUAAAACCAAAAAUUAUUUCGUCCGUCUCAAAAUAAAUAACUUCGAUUCCAUCAUUUUUUGCAUACCAAAUUUGUUACAUGAGCCUCAAUAUUACGCUCUUGUAUGUUGUUUAAAAAAAAAAAAGAGUAAGUCAUUUUUAUGGUGACGCAAAUUACUAGUAGAGUUAUUAUUCCCCACACACACACACAGAGAGACAAAGGUCUUUAAAUUUCCAAAGCGGUUUAGGUGCACACCAACUCAGCAGUACCAAGCAGUACACAAACACCACAAACUUCCACACGCAAAUCGUAGAGACACAAAAGCACCAGAAAGUUGUUCGUCCCAAUACACAAAUAAAUACAACCCCCCAAAGGCCAAAGAGGCCAAGAUUGGCAAGAUCCUUUAGUACUGUGUAAAUUAUUAGGAAGAGAAUUGAUGGUUCAUUUGAAGUGUAGUACAUCUUUCCUUCAGAUUCAAGAAACGUGUCAGCAUCUUCUAGCCCAAGUCCAAAAGAAAAACAGAGCAAAAACAAAUUCUGUUUGGUUUAUUUGCCUUCCCAAUGAGUCCGUUUCUAACCUGAUAUUAAUUCCGCGUCAUUUCCCCCCUUUUCCUUCUUAUUUCCCAAUUCCCACCGCAAAAUGAGCUCAGGAAACUAGAAAAGGGAACCGGAGAUUCCAUUUAGAUUCCAUUUUCCCACCCACCCCCCCCCCCUCCAAACCCAAUCAAUUGAACCAACCAAAUUCAUUUACUCGCACUUUUCCCAGUUUGAUUCACCACCCCUCUAUCUCCAACAGCUCAGAAAAGAUUUUGCGUUUUAGCCCAGAUGGCCAGGUACUUCAUUAUUUUUCUCUAAUUAGCAUUCAUUCCUUAAUUGUUGUCCUCUUAAUUUCCAGUUCAUCAAUAGUGCUAAAAUAUCAUCAUCAUUUGGACCCUCCAAAAAAAAAAAAAAAGAAGAGAAAAGUUACUACCAUAAAGAUCCCUAGUGCGUCUUUCCUAGACCACUUUUUGUUUGUUUUGAACCAUAAAAAAAGAACCAUGGUUUGCGUUUUCCUCCUCAGUCGCUCACUAUAUCAAGCACUUCAGCGCCGUCAGCAGCAGCCUCCUCCUUAAACCUUGGGCUCAACUUUUUUCUUUUGAUAACCUCUGCUCCUUUUUUUUUUUAUAUAUAUAUAUAUAUUAAUCUCAAUUCUCAAUCAAAUCAUUGCCACCAUUUUUGGGUUUUUUUUUUUGUUUCUGACAACAUUAAAGAAUGUUGGUUUCGGUGUUUCUUGCUCUGUUCUUACCGUGCGCCGGAAUGAGCGCGGUGUUCUUGGUGUACAUAUGCCUUCUAUGGUACGCCGCCAGCACCAACGGCGGAGCGGCCAACGGCGGGGAGUUACAGUCGUCGUCUUUCCCGCCUGGGAAAGGUACUCAAGGAAAAGGGCUGUCUCCGUCGGAUUUAGACAAGCUUCCGAAGGUGACCGGAAAAGAAUUGGGUAUGGGAUCAGCGGAAUGUUGCGCGGUUUGUUUGGAUGAGAUUGCCGGAGAUGAACCGGCCCGGCUGAUUCCGGGCUGCAAUCACGGCUUCCAUUUACAGUGCGCCGAUACUUGGCUGUCGAAGCACUCUGUUUGCCCGGUUUGCCGGGCUAAGCUUUCGCCGGAGUUGUUCGACCCGCCUGAAAGUAAUCCUUGUUGAAAAAUGUUGGAAACUUUGAGAAGAGAGCCCAGAUAGAGAGUCGUUUUGUUUUUCUCCUUUUUUUUCUCGGUUUAUUAAAUUUUAGUUGAUUGGUCAUUCGUUGUUUCGUUUUCGAUUGAAUGAAUAUAUUGAGUUCUGCACAUAAUUAUGUUUUUUUUUCUUUCCAUGUCGUCUUGGUUUGCUUUCUUGGAAUGACUAGUUUUGAGGAAAUUCAAUCUUUCAAGUAUUUCAAAGGUGAAAUUAUCAUAUCAUCACGUAAAAUACUGCUAAAUCGAUUUCCCAGUCGGGAUGUGGUUUCGUGAUGGUGAUCAUCCUUGGCCUAAUAUAAACCAUAAAAGAAAUCAGUUGUCAAAUUCAAUUCUUUGUGAUUGUAUAUUUUCGGUAUGAAAUCCUGUAAAAUUGUGUUAUUAGGACUUGUAUUCAUGAACCCUGUGGGCUGUACUUCUAUUUUCUUGUUUGCUACAGGCCUACAAUAAUUAAUGAAAGCAAAUAGUAUAACAAAUCAGUAAAUGUUACAUCAUAUUAAUGAUUAUGCAAAUUUUGUCAUCAUAAAUAUGUGAACAUGCCGUGGACAUUAGGGAACUGAACCUGCACUGUACAUUUUAGUCUUGCUCUUUAAAUCUUC